AUGUUGAGGUUGGACCUGAAGGAUCAACAAGUCAGUCAGGAAGCUGUCAUCGAGUCCGGAACGACAGCGUACGACAACUGGGUCGCCGCGGGGCCAGGGGUGUACCGGCAGUUCUGGUUCUUCGACGUGCAAAACGCAGAGGAGGUUCUGCUGAACGGAUCGGACCCGGUGGUGGUGGAGAAAGGGCCGUACACAUACAGGACAAGAUAUCUCGCCAAGGAAAACAUCACGUUCAACUUCAAUGACACCGUCUCCUUCCUGCUGCCCGCGGGCGCCAUCUUUGAGCCGGCCAUGUCAGUGGGACCGGAGGAGGACAAAGUCACCUCCCUCAACCUGGCUGUGGCUGCAGCUUACACACUGGUUCCCAAAGCGCUUCAUCGCAUGCUGGAGAAUCUGAUCAAGGCCAGCAACUCCUCGCUGUUCCAGCGCCGCACAGUCAACGAAUUGCUUUGGGGCUACAUGGACCCCAUGUUGAAGGAGAAGCUGGGCCUAUUUUACCCUUACAACGGUACAUUUGACGGCAUCUACAACAUCUACACUGGAAAGGACGACAUCGCCAAAGUGGGAAUGAUUGACAGGUGGCGAGGAGAGAGGAGUCUUCAUUUCUGGGACGACAAGUACUGUGACAUGAUCAACGGGACAGAUGCUACUUCCUUCCCCCCCUUUGUGGACAAGAAGAAGCCGCUCUUUUUCUUCUCACCAGACAUCUGCAGGUCCGUGUCCGCGGGUUUUGAGGAGAGCUUGGAUCUGAAAGGGAUCGAAGUGUAUCGCUACACCCUCCAGGAAGACACCCUGGCCUCCCCUACGGUCAACCCGGCAAACCAAUGUUUCUGCAGAGACCCAAAGACCACCAGGAACUGCAGUCUGGCCGGAGUCCUGGACAUCAGCUCCUGUCAAGAUGGAAGACCCAUCUUUAUCUCUCUGCCCCACUUCCUCUAUGGCAGUCCGUACCUACGAGAUGGGGUGAAGGGCCUCAAUCCCAUUAAAGAGGACCAUUACACCUUCCUGGACGUGGAACCUACAACCGGCUUCACCUUGAGGUUUGCCAAGAGGAUUCAAGUGAAUAUGAUGUAUGGACCAUCAGAUGUCAUCACGGUGCUGAAGAAAGUCAAGGAUUACACCAUAUUCCCUCUUGUUUGGAUGAACGAGACGGCUUCGCUGGACGACCCAACGGCGGACAGGAUUAAGGAGGAGCUGCUGUCCCGUAUCCAGAUGUUGGAGGUGGUCUGGAGAGCCAUGCUGGGCUCAGGUGUGUCCAUCCUCGCCCUGUGUUCCAUCGUCUUGUGCGUGGCAGCGGGGUGUCGAAACAUGCUCCUGUGAAUGGACGAUGCGGCGGCGUCGUCUGUGAGCUUCAGAGCACGGUGCAAUUCAAGCUGCUGCGGGGCAUCGAACCUUCUGAUAUACGGUUGCACUUUUUUGGGGGGGGGGAGAAGGAAAUUUCAGUGUUAUUUUUAAAAUCCUACUCCCUUUGACUGCCAGGGGGAGGAAUACUGUGAUUUAGUAAAGCUCAAGAGCUUUCGCUGCAUAUUAUUUCAAUUGCAAAACACUGUAACAUGAACUCAAUCAGGGAUCUGUGGACGGAGAAUCCUCUAAACUGUCCGCUUGGUAAACUGCACAGAGGAGAGAUGGGUUGGUUCGACGUCCUAUGAAAAGAAACGUACAUAAAAAUCUAAUCUUGCGCAAAUGUUUGUGUUCUUUGCUGAACCGGUGUCUUCGAAAUGAAUAAAAGCUGAAAGGGA